GAUGUAGAGAUCCAGACCAAUGCGGCUCAGUACCUCCCUCAGAUUAGCGAGCUGCUGAACAGAGUUCCCCGGCAGAUGCUGCUGCUGCUGAAGACCAACGAUCUGCUCAGGGGCAUCGAGACCACCUUACAGACCAGAGCCUCGUCCUCGUCCUUCAUCAACAUGUCCCGCUGCUGCAUACGUGCUAUGGCCAGGCACAGGAGGAGUAAGGCCCGGUCCAGGAGCAGGCGGGUGCAGGUCACGCUGGCGGAGUGUGUGCAGCUGUGCGGGCUCAGUGUGUACGAGCUGCUGCUCUGGGUGAAGGGCUGCCGGCUGGGAACCUGGCUCACUGCUCUGCUCACAUUUCUGCAUUGAGACACAUGAAACAGUGGCUGUAGCUCUUAUUGCAUGUUAACAAAUGUUGAACAUGUGCUCAUACACACACAGGUUACUAUUAUGGUAUUGACUCAUUUCGAAACUGUAUAGACAUGCAUACAUGGACAUAACAUUCUGGUGUCUCUGGAAACCGAUCUGGAAACCGAUCUGUCCAGUCAGCUGAGACACUUUAAAAACAAUUAUAUUUCAUUUUCUCAAGAUACAUUAUUUGUUUUAGUCUUAUGAAAAUCAAUACGAUUAUUUUCAAUUAUAUUUUUUUAUAAACUGGAAAUUGACUUGAACCAUUACAUUAGACAGGGAAUACAUAACCUGUGUUCACAGAGUAUCUGCAAACUGUCAUACAGCUGCAGGACUAUAAGCUGGUGGGAACAUUUUCGGUCAAAAAAUUGUUACAGUACUGUCUGUUAGUGUCAAAGCUCCUAUUUACAUUUUUCACGAAUUUGCGGUUAUAUUUAUCGUAUUAUUUAAUGUUGUUGGCCUUGUCCUAUAAUACGGUACCGUGAGUACCGAGAAUACACAAAAACACAAUAACUUGGUUGGAUGUUUUAAUGAUAUGUUAAUGAGUUAUUAUUAAAGUAUACUAUUUCA